AUGGAUUCUAUGGCAGAGCUGGUCGGACUAUCAUCCAUUUUCUGGUCGACAAAGCUUCUGGAUAUCUUCAAGUCUUUCAAUAACACCAAUACUCAGCAUAGUAUCAAAGUUGCAUUCAUCAGUUAUGGGACGACCCAAACAGUUCCAGAGGCUAUCAAGGCAGAAUGGAAGGAUAGAUUGAUCGUCAUUCAGUCUCCUAUUAACCGGCCAUUUUCGUAUUCACAAAAACGACAUCCUCCGUCUUCUUUGGCCAAACUGAGAGAUGAGGAGCGUUCACAGCUUGCAGAGACAAUCAAGAAAUUAUAUUGCGCGAAGCAGAACGAGAUCAUCGAAUUAUCGUCUGGGGUCAAUAGCGAGAACCUCUCACCAGACAAACUAUUCCUAAACCAAGACCAAGAACUCCACAGCAGUUUCGGACAAUUUGAAAUGUACUUGAAUCCACCAUCUACCACCACCAUCGAACCCAUGUUAGCCCCCUUUCCAUCUCACCCGGAAACAGGAUAUUCUAUGCAAGGUUCCUAA